AUGUUUAUGAUUCCGUGGUCCCAAAUUUGGGAUGUUUCUAAACUUGGUUUGAUAUUUAUGCUUUUCAUCAUAACAGUUCAGAAGAUUACAAGCUUGCUCAUAUCAUGGAUUUUAACACUACGAAAUUCCGCAAUACGAAAGAUCUCAUUUGGGUACUUUUUUGGUACUUCAAUAAGGCGAGCGUUCAUCCUAACAGAUUUUGCUGAACUAUCUAUUGGCAAGGUAAAUCUGCGGAUAGGUUGGAGACCUGGAUUUGUCUUCCAUAAUAUUGAUUUGAAAUUACUUAAGAAGUUUUCCGGAGCUGCAGACCAUUCGACAAGAGACUCUAAGACAUAUUUCGAUCCUGAGAACCAAACGUUUACCUUUGUUAUCAAUAAAAGAAUUCUAUCAAUAUUGAAGCUAGUAUUCCCAUUCUCCAUAUUCCUCCAUACUUUAACAUUGACGAUGCCAAAUGGAAAGACAUACAAACUAAACCUAGGCUCUAUAACGAUAUCACACCCACGCGAUGAUACUAUCAAAGUGGAGGCAUUUUUACAUGAUUUUACUCAUCCUGAAACAAAAGAUACUUUAAACCAUACUGGUUUUUUUGUCGUAUGUAAAAUUGCGAAAGAAGAUGAAAAACAUAGCAAAAGUUCAAAAGUUAUACUGAGAAACUGGAAAUCGAGCCUUAAAAUAAACGACGUUUGUUGGCAUCUUCCAGAAGAAAGAGGAAACACCCCAAACUUAAAUGAAUCGGAUUCUCACAACACGAGCGAAGAAGCGGAAACACUCGCCUCAUAUCGCAAGAUGCUGAAGCCUUUUCGUUAUCCCUUAAAAACUUUGAAUAUCCUGGACCUUAAGGUAGAAAACGUCAAGUUCAUGUAUAAAGAAAAAUUCACGAUCCGCAUAUCAAGUGCUCAGGUUUACUUAGAAUCGAUUUCCAUUUUAAACAACGUAUCCGCUUUGGAGCUUUUACCUUUGAAUAAAUCUACAUGGGGGGAUUUUGAACUAUCACUAUCUGCAAAUGCUGUUGUUAUAGAUAUCGACGGCAAUACUGCGAUUAGAAUUCCCUUUGGAAAUAUCGUGUUAACAUCAGAUAUGUUAUUGUCUUUUUUGGAUAAUGUGCCCUUGCAAAAAACAAAGCUGACGUCCAUUUUUAACAUAAUAAAUCCUUCGGUUUUCCUUACUGUACACCAAGUAUUAGAAAUUCUUCAUUUGGUAGACAAAUUUGAUAAUUCUAAGGCCUCAUCAAGCACAAGCACAAACAGUAUGUCAUUAAAUAUUCUAGACUUUGAUAUUGAUCGAUUCCCCAGUUUCAACUUCGAAUUGAUCAUGUCAAAUUUCGUUUCGAGGCUACAUAUAUCAAAUGAGGAGAACGUGACAUUUAAUGUUUUCAGCAUGCAUGCUUUAUUUAGCCGAAACAAUAUGUCCAUGUCCGCAUCGAGGGGAAAGCUGGUGUCGAUACGUCCUGAUUGGCCGUUUGCCAAGACAGUUCCGGAUUCCAAUCAACUAUCUAACUAUAUCAAGAUUGUAGGUACAUCACUUUCUUAUCUAAGAAUUCCAACAGAUGAUAAUGCUAGCCCAGUAUCCAUACCGGUCUGUGGUUUUGAAAGAUUAGACACAUUCUUGGAUGAAUUUUCUAAUUCCAAACUAAUUGUUCAGUCUACACUAAGACAUUCGUACGUUAGCCUCGAUAAUGUCGAAGUUUUACACACUUUAAGCCGCGCCUUUGAUACGAUUUAUUCUUUAAUAUCAAGCAGAGAAAAAAGAAAUGAAACUCAUGAAGUACAAGACUAUAGAAUGGAAAACAUGGGUAAAGUAAAGAAUAAUUUUAAAUGGGCAUUGAAACUGAGGCUAAAAGACAUUUCGUGCUCGUUGUUGAUUGCUGGCUUUCUUCCACGGAUCUUGGAUCCUGUGGAGGCUGAAAACUUUAACUUGUCUGACGUAACAAGAGGCGCUAAAGUUGUGCUCACAGAAUCCAUAUUGUUAGCUGACAACCAGGGAAAAAAAUUCACUGUAGUAGAUGCAUCGAUAUACCGUGUUGCGGAUGGUAUGAGUUGUGAAUCAGCUCCUGACGGCAUUGUUCGAUUCACGGACUUAGUACUGAGUUUAAACGACUUGAACGAAAUUCAUUUUUCACUUCCAAAGAUAAAACUUAAGGUGGACGUAAAUAUUAUUUGGCUUUUGUUCUACAUUCAAAGCAUAUGGAUGAAAUUCCGUCCUAGUUCUAAAUUGAGUAAGGCUUCGACGAGUGGAUUAAAGCGGGUUGAUAUCUUGGAUAGGCUAACAGUGGAUAUUGGGAAGAUUAUCAUUGAACUAAGGCUUCCGCAUAAUUCAGAAGUGCUACUAAUAUUAGAAGACCUAAACUUUUCAAAUCUCACUAAGAAACUCACGAUCGCAUCUUUAUCUGCGUAUGUGGUGUCUGUCUAUGUUAAGCAUACUAAAGUGUAUGUUUCUUUAAUUAAUAUUAAUGACUUUGAGCUGAAUGUUUUAAAACUUAUUGAAACGAAAUCCGUGGCCAUAUGCUCUUCUUCAAUUCACUUCCACACCGAGUACCAUUUUAGAAUUUAUAUGAUAACUGAUAACAUCGUUACAUUGUAUAAAUCGUUCAAGCAAAUCAAACUGGCAUUCUCAACCUUGCAUGAAUUUAAGAGGUUGUAUCCGCAACAGCAAUUUCCUAAAAGUAUAUUAAGUUUGCACAUUCGUUCUCAAGACUUUCUGAUUGAUAUUGAAGAAGAUCCUUUUGAGCAAGAAUUGGGAUUGAUUUUAAAAGUUGGUGUUCUAGAGCAACGUGAAAGAUUAAAAAAGUUGGAAGAGUUUAAGGAAAAACUAUCGACAUACGAAGAUAUGAAUGUACGUUUAAGAUCACUGUAUGACACCUCACGAGGUCAAACUUUUUUUCCGGAUUUCUAUGCAAACGAUAAAGAAUAUGAAGAAAAAGCUUACCUCAUGCUGCUAGAAAACUUUUCGACAUCAUGGAUCGCUAGAUACAGGAAGGCGAAACUAACCUUCUAUGGUAUGCCCUAUCGUGUUAUCAGUCGUGAGGAGCUUGGCACAAAAUAUCAAUUGUUUACUAGACAGAAAACUAGUACAGUUGCUAACUUGGUUGUGAGAGAUCUGGAUUUUAAAUUAGGCGACCCUUCCUUUCCUUUAAAUAACUACAUGGACUUUCUUUACGAGUAUGGGAAGAAAGUUCCAAAAACCUCGAAGUACACUUUGUUGAUUAUUCUUGGCCUCGAAAUUAGAAGCAAUUUAUGGGAGUUGCGGCUAAGAGAUUACCCCAUCCCUGCUAUAUCUUUUCCGGAUACAUUUACAACUGGUGAUGUUGUAUUUGCUGAGAAUAUGCCAGCACCUUGUGCUCUUCAUACUGUUUAUGUCCCUUUUGUUAAUGCAGCGGAGAAAAGCCCUUAUAAUGAUGCGAAUACCAUAUAUGGUUCGCACAUCAUUCGUACUAUUAACUCAGUCAAAACGUAUUUCAAUAUCAGGUCAAUGGUUACAUCUUCUUCGUCUGCUAGGAUAACGUGGGGGAAAUCUCUGCAGCCCGGUUAUGAGUCUUUAAUGCUUUGGUUUGACUUCUUGACCAAACCUCUCAUUGAUCCAUCUAAAAAGCUAGGAUUUUGGGACAAAUUCAGAUACUUGGUACAUGGUAAAUGGAUAUAUGAAUUUUCAGAUAGCAGUGAAAUGCAUUUAAACAUAAAAGGUUCUCAUGAUCCUUAUAAAAUCACCGAUGAUGGUGCAGGUCUAGCUUUCUGCUGGUCUGGUGGUACUACGAUUUAUGUUCAUAAUUCCGCAGACCCUAAAGAAUUUUUGAAGAUUAAAUCCCGAAGAUUUCAAUUGGCAGUGCCAGAUUUUGCCAAGGUAAAUAAGUUUGAUAAAGUCUUCAUGAAACUAGAUGGAAAGGUAAUUUGGACAUUGGGCUUGCUUUUUGAGCAAGGUGAUAUAUCAAGGGCAGGGGAUGAAGAGAGAUUUCUUCCGGAUAAACCACACUAUGAAAUUCAGCUAAUGAACCCAGAUGGAGUAGCAGAUUUGGAUCAUCAUGAUACUUAUAAAGGAUUCAGAACCUCCUUCAUCCACAUGUCAUUUGGUGUGUACUCUUCAGAACAUGGAUCUAUAAACAGCCUUUAUCUUGCGCCGUACGCUUUGACUCACUUUCUAAAAUGGUGGAACUUAUUUCAUACGUAUACGUCUGGUCCUAUUAGACAAGGACGUUUGUUCACUGAUUUACUUCAAAACAAGACAAAAUUUGGGCGCGCGUUAUUUACAAUAGCGUACCAGCUACAUUUAAAGCGAUUAAUGGUCACACAUAUUUAUCGACACAUUACCACACAAUAUGAUCUUGAAAAAGAUAGCAAGAUUACUUUUACUGGUUUAAAAGGAAGAUUUGAUUCUUUAAAGAUCGACUUACAUCAAAAACGAAUUAAAUUGACGCACACGGACCAGAAGUUAAAUAAAUCGAAACCUGUAUGGAAGCUUAAAAUGUCCAGGGGUGAGAUUGAUUGUGCUGAAGCAGAUAUUAGAAUUUUAUCCACGGUGUUUGAUCAAAAAGCUGUAAAAGAAAUCCUCACUACUGGUCUCGAUGGUAUACUCGAAGACGAGCCAUCCCGCCCUAUGUCCCCACGAGAUGUGGAGUCUUUACGUGAAUCAGACUGGUAUGAUUUUGAAGAUUACAUAGAUUUAAAUCAGGUAUCUCUGGGCUCCUCACUUCCGCUCAAGUUAGAAGCAAUACCUUUGUUGUACUCGCCUAGGAUAUCUUACUUCAGAAAAGUAAAUGACGAUGGUUAUGUGCUAGCUUGUCCUUUCGGCACUGAAGAAUCACACAAUUGUUUGAUUGGCAAAAAUCAUCCAGAAUUAACGCAAGAAAAGUUAGCAACUGAAAGGAAACAUGAAAUAGAAGUGCAACUGAAAAUCUUAAUGACCACAUUGGACACGAUGGAAUCUAAAGAAAAAGGAGGGUCGGUGAGUACAAAAUCAGAACACCGUGCGAAUGAAACAAAGGCGGAGAUAGCCGAACUGAAGCACAGAUUACACACAGUCAACACUAUUUUAAGUGAUUUAAAAAUCGCAGAAGCUAUUCCGGAAAUAAAAGUCGGUGACGACGAUGACAGCUCCAGUUCCAGCUCACUUACUGACAUGGAUGCUAAUUUAGACAACGUUCGGGCCCCGACUAGGAUAUCAUUAUUGCGAACUAAUACUGUUGAAUCGUUUGUAUCUAUGAGAAAGGCCUCUACUAUGCAAGUUGAGUCCACUUAUGACAACAGGUUCAUGGUUCAUAAUAUUGAGUUGAAAAUUGACAAUAAAAUAAGACAUCAUCUUUUGGAAUAUGCUUCCACUGCUUUUGAAAGAAAAUCUAUGAGGUUUUCUUUGACUUAUAAGUCCGUAACUAUAUUAAAAGAGUUGCUAGGAAACGUCUUAACUGGUGUCAGAACAUCUGUUGAAGACUACGGUUCCAUGCUCGAGGAUGAUUUGGCUAGUAAUUCGGAAUUCAUCGAACGUUUUGAAGAACUUAUCAGGGACGUUCCAAGCGAUGACUUUGAUUAUGUUGAUAAUUAUCUUUUCAGAUUAAUCUCCCCUCAAGUGCAGAUUAAAUCUGACGUUGAAAGGAAUGCGGCAGUUAUUUUGGCUGCUAGGGAUAUAGAAAUGGGCAUUAUCGAUAUAGUACAAGUGUAUGGAAAAUCUGGGAAAAGAAUUCCGGUUGACGUUGAUACUAUUGUAGAAACCCGAUAUACAGCUAUUUCAAAAGAUAUACAACUGUUCACGUUAUUCAAGAAAGAUUUGGAAGGUCCUGAAGGUCGGUUCUUCCAUAAAAAUGGAUACGGGUUAGAUAAAGAGUCCGAUAUAUGGCCCCCCUGGAUUCCCCUAGAAAUGUGUUUUGACGGAUCUCUAUUAGAUAAGCAUGUUUUCCUGAAGCGAAGAUCAAUGUUCUUAACAUAUGUUGCUCCUAAUCCCUUAUUUUUUAGUGCAAAUAACACGUCAGCUUUUUCCUGUGAUUYGAGAUUUCGUAUCGCCUUUCCAGGACUGGUUCUAACAUCUGAUUGUCAACAGUACUGUGCAGUAUAUGCAAUCGCAGAGGAUUUGUUAUCCUUCGGAUCAUCUUUGGACGAGAAGAUUGAAAAGCUUUCUAGGGUUUUGUUUACUGACGAGGUUAGGAAUAACCUGGAGAAUCUUGAUGUAUCCGUUGUUACAACACUACAAGAUAGAAUUAAAGAGUUAUAUUAUACACGGGCAUAUCUAAAGGUUCAUGAUCCAAACUUGUUUAGGAAAUCAGGUCAGGAGUUAACCUUUGACAUUCAAACUAGUACAUUGAAAUUGACACUCCUUAUGACGGCAAUCAAAAAAACGUAUGAUAAGAUGGGGAGUGGGAAGAAAGCGAAACAGAAAAAAUUGAGGUGGCAAGUUGGAACAGAUGAAUUGAUUUGGGAGUUGUAUGAUGAAAGUAAGACCCCUUUUGUAACCAUCGGACUUGGACCUUCUACCUUCAUUCGUUCUGAGACAUCUGACGGCGCCAAUAGUAAUAAAAUCUCCAUCUCCUCACUGCAAUGUUUUAAUCAACAGGAAAAUCCUGUUUUCACUGAAUUGCUGGCUCCAUUUUUUGAAAACUCGUCCUAUAAUAAAGACGCCUCAAUGGUAGAGAUUUUUUGGAUUAUGGGUCCGUCAGUUGGAGGGAUUUCCGAUUUGCAAGAGCUGGUUGUUUCCUUACAGCCACUGAUUUUCAAGAUGGAUCAUAAAACAUCUGUAAAACUAAUGAAUUAUCUUUUUCCAAAGAUAGAACAAACUCCCACAGAGGCCACUCCUCCAAAUCUUGUGCCACGAAGUUCCACUAGUUCAUUCUUUUUAUCUUCCACAGGUUUGCGUCGCAGUUUUUCUAAUGGCUCCUCAUCCACGUAUGAUGCUAAAGAUGUUGAUUCCUGGGACUUGCGCAGUAUACGAAGCAACAAAGGAGGCGAAAAAAAGUAUAAAGGCGAUCACAGGAAAAUAUCAGCGUCACUUUUUAUGCAGCCUGAUUACAACAUUAAUGAAAUGGUUAAGAGAUCUGGGACAUUUUUCAAUGUCAAAUCUAUUAUAAUUCGAAAAACUCUAAUGUCCGUGUGUUAUAAAGGCUCUCAUAGUCUCUUAUCCGAUGUUAAUAAUUUAAUCGUCAAAGUCCCUGAUUUAAAGUACCAUAACAAAUUGUGGUCAAGAGAAGAGUUUUUCACGGCCUUGAAGAGAGACAUUGUCAGGAUUGUUUUACAGCACUUAGGGAAUAUUAUUGGUAAUAAGUUUUUACCUCACAAGAAAGAGAAUAAGAAGAAAACUUCUAUGGAAAUACAUAGGCUAUUAAGUCCAAGUUCCGAAGGUCAUGAAGUUUCACAUACUGUUGAAGCCCAAGGGCACCCGAAUUCAUUUAAUUACUCUACAUCCUCAUCAAAUGUCAGGUCAAUAAAUUCAGAUGAAGCAUGUGAUGAAAUUGAUGUAAAUGAUGAAAUUCGGCCUUUUUACCCUGUUGUAAGUAGCAUUUCAAACAAAAAAUGA